AUGGAGCCAGACGUUGCGGACCAAACCACCACCGCCGGUGGCGGUAUAAGUGGUGAUGAUGGUGGUCCAACCAACAUCGUUAAAGGCAAACGUACAAAGCGUCAAAGGCUACAAUCCUCCAUUCCCUUCACAAUUGUACCUCAAUCUUCCACCUCCAACAAUCCUUUCAAUUCUUCUCCGGCAUCGUCUUCUGAUUUUCCGGCGGGUAGCACCACCACCGAAGAAGAAGACACCGCCAAGUGCCUCAUUCUCCUUUCCAAAGGUCAUAACGUAUCUCUCAGGAACAUUAACAAUGAUGAUCAAUUCUCCGGCUACAAGUUUAAUAGCAAAAGAUAUAUACAAACUUCGACGGAUACCGUCGAUGGAUUCACCGGAAUUUAUGUUUACGAGUGCAAAACGUGUAGCAGGACGUUUCCGUCGUUUCAAGCUCUCGGAGGCCACAGAGCCAGCCACAAAAAACCUAGAAUCAAUGAAGAAAAAAGAAGACCACCACCGUACACGGUGUUUUCCGACGAGGAUGAACCAUCACUGCAAUUCCCAUCAAGGAAGAACAAUUCUUCAUCUUCCUCCUCCCUCUCGCUCCAAUUAAACCACCGGGUUUCUUCAACCGGAAACACGAAGAAAUCCUCCUCCAAGCUUCACGAAUGCUCAAUCUGUGGCACGGAAUUUAAUUCCGGACAAGCAUUGGGCGGCCACAUGAGGCGACACCGGGUGGCCAACUGCACCACCACCACCUCCGCCGCCGCCACUACAACCAACACCACCUUGUCUUUGGUUCCUUACAGCCCGAUUACACCCAUGGUGGCCGAUGAUCAAGAUAAUUAUCAAAAGUCAAGAAAUGAUGGUUUAUGUUUGGAUUUGGACCUCAACCUUCCAGCACCCCCGGAGGCUUCGUCAAAUCAAGAUCAUCGCCGGGAAUCGAGCUUCACAUUCACGGCCAAUCCGACCAAACAGCAAUCGGCCGUUCAUUUAUCUGCCGCCCCAACAUUGGUGGAUUGUCACUACUAA